UUGGUCACUCCAGUGGGUAGAACAGUGGGCACGUCAGGACCCUGCGAGUGAUGCAGGCUUACUAAGUCAACACAAUCAAGUGAAGUCUUAACUGUGCACCCUAGGAUGUGAUAGAUUUAAGUGUCGUAUGUUAACAAGAUUAAGGAUCCGAAUACUUAUUUAAGUGCCUCCUUGUGUAUAAGUGUAGGAUUAUAAAGCAGUAGGAUUGUCUUGGGGGGGAAAGCCUGACGAGGAAGUUUUGUGAGACAGCAGCAGCAACAACACAAACGUCAGGAUGGUGCUGAUCGUGGGCGAGCAGCUGGUGAAGGAGGUGCCGUCGAGCACGAGCGGCGUGUACAGCUCGUGGCCGCGACUGAAGGAGACGGCCCACGCCCUGACCACCAUGCUCACGGAGGAGGUCGGGCCGAGGGGCCUCCUGUACCUGCGGCAGAGGGAGUACGCCGUCACAGUGCCCCACGACGAGAACCUCCUUAUCCUGGGCACCGACGACGCCACCACGUCCGUCAUGGCCGUCCUCAGACAUACUGGAUCGGGCGCCGUGGGCCUCGCACACUUCGACAAGUGCAGCCACGACGAGUGCCUCAGCGGCGUCCACAUCUGUUCCCAUGACGACGGCGUGAUGCACCUGCUCACGCGCGUGCAGGAGCUCUCCAUGGGGUACACAGAGGGCCGUCUCGAGCUCUGCGUCGUCGGCGGAUUCCAAGACGCGAGGGCCAUCUGCGAGAAGGUCACGCUCUCGCUGCUCAAUGCUAUGCACAAGAGCCCUCCUCAGAUCCACCUGGUACUGCUGUGUACAGGAGAAAUGAACACAACACUUCGAGGCAACAUUUCAUGGCCACUUGUUAAAGGCAUUGGUGUGAGCACGCAGACAGGAAAGAUCUUCCCCGCCACCUUCACAGACAAGGGGCCAUACCUCGUGCUGCGGUCUACAAGGGUCUUCACCGGUGCACAACAAAUGGUUGAUAUAUAUGACUGUGCCCUGGGGUUAUUACGUAUCGGGCCAUUCAAUUAUGAGCCGCAUGCUGGAGUCGAGUUGCUGCUACAACAGACAGAUGAUGUUAUCCUUCAGUGUCUCUCAACAACACCAGAAGUAGAGGGUCCCACCUGGGUCAAGAUGGUUCGAGAAGUUCUAAAGCACAUUAAGGAGCAUCCAUUCCCAGCUGUAACAAUCUUCCCAGACAAUCGACCACACUACUUCCGCAGAGAUAACGUGGGUGGCUGGUCUCCUGCCGAACUGCCGAACAAUAAUGAUUCCACACCAGAUGCUAAUGUGCAGGCAGCUGCGCAGGCUGUCGCAGGAGCAGGUGUAGCUGCUACAGGGGCCUGGACACAAGGAGGAGGAGUCACCACAACCUCAGCCCCGCCAACACCUGCAGCACUAUCCCCUGCUCCCUGGGGUGCCUCCGUGCCACCAAGAUAUGGCUCCCUGCAUUUGGACUGCCGCCUGAAGACGCACCUCGCCGUCCCACCGGUGGUCAACCCCGGGCAGCAUUAUGACGACCCCCUCCUCAAUCCCAUGAAAGACCGCAUCAUGCCCGCCUGGCAAGCAUCGCAGUUGUGACCACCCACUCAUACCACCCAUGACUACAUCCCUUUGUCUGAGGACAGGGUGGUAGGCUGAAUCCCUGGCUGUGCGACGUGGCUCUGCGGCGGGGCGGCGUCGCCAAUUUUCUGCAAGAGCCGCCAGAAUUCAUCGUGCCAAACUACGGACCACCACCCAGGACCAUAUCGCACCUAUUUUACUAUGUCUCACACUAGUAUAUGAUGUUUUUUCAUGAUACACUAAGGUAAAAUUAAAGUAAAAAAUCAUUUGUCGUAAGGUAUUAAAAGUAUUUUUUUUUCUCUCUCUUGAAUUCUUCCAUGAAUGUGAAUGUGGUCUUGCUGUAUCAUUCUUCUUACUCGAGUUUUAGGAAUAUCAGUUUUUCAGUGAAUGCGAGCGUUUCUCUGAAUAGUGUAUUGUACUAAGCACCAUAGCAGUUAGAUCAUCAUUUUUAAUGAGGUUUGGCACCAUUACACUAGCGUGGGCGUAGUGCAGGUGCAUCCCAGUGUAUGGUGGGCGUGUGGAGGGGCAGCAGGUGAAGGUCUUGCCGCAGCGGUGACUCUCGCUGGUGUCAGCACCGCUAUGUGUCUCUCUCCUCCCUGGUGCAAUAUUUAUCCCGGGUCUGGGAUUAAUGCUAAUUCUCCUUAUUUUUAAAAAAGAUAAUUUGUGUGGCUCAUGUGUAAGGUGUAUUAUAAUCUGAUUUUUUUCAGUAUUUCUUGAUCAUUAUUUUUUGGAUAAUUAUAUUGUCAUUGUCAUUUGUAUUAUAAUAGUUAUUAUUAUUUUUUGUAUUAUUAUUAUUGUUAUUUAGUCAUAAUUGUGUCUUGAUUUUAGUUAUUAUCCUUUCUGUAUUAUCUAUAUUUAUUCUAUAAAUUUUUGCUUGAACUAAGAUUUAUACACAUGACACUCAUAUCUAAUUACAAAUGAGUUUACUGUUAAGAAAAGCAAAAGAUUAUCUGUAGAAAUUUUUGUCCAUAGACCCUGCCUUUGUAGAAAUACUCUUUUUUGUAUGUAGUGGUCAAAGUAUUGAAAUAUAUAUUUAGCCCUAUUAAUAAAUGAACAUUGCUGUUUACUGUUGCAUUUGCUUUUCAUCAAUACAUUGCUUUAUUUAAUUUUUUAAGGAUCAGCAGAAAUGAAGGAUGUAAUAUAUCCAUUAAAAAGCAUAGUGUUUGAAUUUGAAUAUUGUACAGAUUUAGGCUUCAGGGUGUUUAUAUUUCAAUAAAUGACCUCUUGAUGUCUUCAUGAUGAUGACAGGAGCUCCAUCUCAAACAUUCAAGUUGUAAUGUUUUUCUAAGGAUAGGAAUCUCAUUUGUGCAUACAGUACCUUUUGUCUCUCUGUGUACACAGUGUUAUUCCCAAAAGCAUGUAUGGGAUGAUUAUCUUCUGUGCUGAUGGAUGGUAUAUUUUUUUCAUAAUGUAUUUUCCCAUAUUUUGUCUACAGUGUUCAGUUACCUGUACAGUAUUCAAAGGUUGUGGGAAGGAUUAUUGAUACUGUCUCUAAAGAGAUUUCUAAUACCAUUUUGUAACCAUGGCAAUGCACAGAUUCUGAAAGUUUGCAUUCAUGAUAAGAUUUCAACCAUGGUAUUGGCAUAUUCUUUUUGGAUGUAAAAUUAUUUGUGACUCUGUAUGAUAAGUAUACGUCAUUCAUGUUACCUGGCUGUGGGGCAAUUAAGAGAAUCGGAAUUUAAUUUUUAUAUAUUUUUUCAUAGAUAAUUCAUGGUUUAGUUAUUAUAAAUACAAAAUGAUAUAAUGAAAGGAAAAAAUUUACAUCGGUAGAUAUUAUAUGAACAAAUAAUAGAAACAAAGUACACGAAACAUAUAUUUCCAUCCUGAAGUGAUUGUAUUAAUGAAAUAUUACACAUCCUUUGAAUACGACUUGUGUGUACUGGUAGAUUCUCCGCAGGUGAUUUUGUAAAAGAUGUAAUGGUGCGGGUUGAUUUAGGUUUGUGUAGAUAUGUUGUUAGGCUUGCAACCAUUCUCUUUAGCAGACGAGAAGGCUGGCACUCAUAUUAGUAAUAUUGUAUUGUUCAAGACAUACCUAUAGUUAGUACUUAUACCUUAAUGGUAAAACAGUGGAAGAAGCAGACUUGCUAUCUAUGGGUGAUAUGAUUUUUUUUUUUUUUUUUUUCAAAAAGAUUAUUUUAGGUAUUGAAGUAUAAAUGAAUAACCAUUUUCAUUCCUACCUGUUUCUGUGAAUAUUAUUGACGUAGAUGUGUAAAAAUGAUAAUUUUUUCCCCUAUCAUCUUAUAGGUAAUUUUACAAUGCAUUCUUCAUGUUGUAGUGUAAUAUUACUUUAAUAACAUUCAUUCUUGCAUAAUGAUUUCAUAAAAGAAUUUGUGAUCAGCUCAAGGGGCAGAUAGUAAUAGUAAUUUGUAAUGGCUUUGGAAGAGGUGCUCCAACAUGCUGCAAUUAAAUGGAAUAGUAUUAUUUUUUAAUUCAAUUGUGGAACAUUGGCAUGAAUGUAACGAACUGGGCAAGAAAGUAGAAAAGAAAAAAACAUUUAAUGAUGAAAGCACAGGAGUAACCAGUGAUGUAGAAAUAUGGCUCAAAAGAUCUGUAAAAUAAGCGAGAUUGAUCAUGUGUAUUAGCACUCUGUCCUAGUAAUGAUUUAUUACGAGAUAUUAGAGAGAUAUUAUCAGAAUAUCGGAAUCCUUUUACCAGCAUAAAAUUGCUGCACAUCAAAAUGAAGUGACUAAAUACUUAUAUUUUUAUUCGAUUUUAAUUAUGUACUUAAUAAAAACAAAGUUGAAAUAUUAUAUAAAGCUGAUGCUUUAAUUUUAACGAAGCUGCAUUACAAAAAGAAAAAAAAAAAAA